CGUCCGAAUGGUUCGCAUCAUGUCACUGCUCAAGCCCUCGAUCCUCCUCCUUUGUGUCCUUCCUCUAGUAAUAAGCAAAGGACUCCACGAGGAGUUCUCCUGGACUCGGAUCAACUACGUCUGGCCUGGACAGGACUCCUCCUCCUCCUCCCCUAUCGACAUCCCUAAACCCGACCCCAUCGCAUUCCCUGGAAGCACCAACAACAACCAAAGGCACACCACCAGGAGACCUGGACGCACCACUCGCCGAACAACCCAAAGACCUGACACCAAUCCUGACUAUGUUUACGAAAACAAUAUCCCGAUGGGUGCUAAUCUUUGGAGAGAUAAGUUGUUUGUGACGGUGCCUCGGAGGCGGGUUGGGGUGCCAUCAACUGUCAACUUCGUCUGGGCGAACAGUAGCCAAAGGCACAAUGUACCAUUGAUCCCUUAUCCCGACUGGACCACCAAUACUUUGCGGGAUUCGCGGGAUUCCCGGGAUGAUGGUUAUCGGUUCGUUUCGGUUUAUCGGGUGGCUGUGGAUUCGUGCGACCGCUUAUGGUUUGUCGAUACUGGACUUAUUGAAACUCCAGGCAACCCGCAACAAAUCCAACCAACUGCCUUGGUCCUCAUGGAUUUGAAAACCGACAAAAUCCUCCAGUACUACCAGUUCCCGGCAAACCUCCUCCGGAACACGUCAAACCUGGCCAGUUUGACCAUUGAUAUCACUAACAAUAACUGUCGGGACGCUUUUGCCUACAUCCCAGAUGUUGGGGGUUACGGUUUAGUUGUUUACAGUUUGAGGCAAAAUAAGGCUUGGAGGGUGAACCAUAAUUAUUUCUAUCUCGAGAACACUGUUGGGGAAUUUUCGAUCGGAGGACAUGAGUUUCAAUGGAAUGAUGGGAUUUUCAGUAUUGCCAUCACCGAUGUUAAAUCUGAUGGGUUCAGAGAUGCUUAUUUUCAUUCUAUGGCUGGGGUUAAUUUGUAUAAAGUUUCGACCAGGAUUUUGAAAAAUGAGGAUUUGGCCACGAGGUCGUACCACGGCAGCGAUUUUAAGAUUGUUGGAAACAAAGGUGAGCUUUCUCAAACUUCCUCGUCUGAUUUGCACCAAGGCAAAGGAGUGUUGUUUCUGGGUUUGGUGAAUCAGAACGCCUUGGGUUGCUGGAACAUCCACAAGCCCCUGAGUGAUAUUUCCGUGGUGCAGAGAAGUGACGAGAAGAUGAUCUACCCAAGUGAUGUGAAAAUAGUGGACGAUAAGAUCGUCGUAUUGACCAACACCAUGCCGGUGUUUCUCUACGGAAGGCUUGAUUACGACAGGACGAACUUCCGAGUGUGGGUGGAGACGGUGGAGACGGCCAUCCGAGGCACAAAAUGCGAGUCUUCAAGAGGCGGAUCGCACUAUUAAUGCAUGCUGUUUUUUACUGUAGUUCCAGUCUAUUGUAUCAUUGUCUUUGUGAUAAUAAAGCUUCUUUUGUCCCAUAAA